AUGGUAUAUCAGUACAAUAGGUUGCGGCUGCCGCCAGGUCCGUGGCAGCUGCCGUUCAUUGGCAGCCUGCACCACCUGGCCGGGCAGCUUCCUCACCGUGCCCUGCGCGAGCUCGCGCAGCGCCACGGGCCGGUGAUGCUCCUCCGUCUGGGCGAGGUGCCCACGCUGGUGCUGUCGUCCCCGGAGGCAGCCCGCGAGGUGAUGAAAAUCCAGGACCUGGCGUUCGCGACGCGGCCGCUGACGCCCACCAUGAGCGUAGUGACCUGCAGCGGGCGAGACAUCAUCUUCGCGCCGUACGGCGAGUACUGGCGCCACCUCCGGAAGAUCGCCGUCACGGAGCUCCUCGUGGCGCGCCGCGUCGCCUCCUUCCGCGCCAUCCGCGAGGAGGAAGUGGCGGCCAUGCUGCGUGAGGUCGGGUCCGCCGCCGCGGCCGGCUGCCAGGUGGAUAUGCGCGCCCGGCUGUCCACGGUCGUCUCCGACAUCACGUUCCGCGCCGUCAUGGGCGACCGGUGCAAGCAGCGUGAGCUGUUCCUGCGAGAGCUCGACAACCUCGUUGGGCUCGCGACGGGGUUUAACCCCGUGGACCUGUGGCCGUCGUCAUGGCUCGUCGGACGCUUCAGCGGCACCCUGCGCCGCGCCGAGGAGAACCACGCCCUGGUGUACGGUAUCAUCAGGGGCGUUAUCCAGGACCAUCUCGACAGGAAUAAGCAGGGCGAAGAAGACGAGGACAUGCUUGACGUGCUGCUCAAAAUACACAAGGAUGGUGAGAUCGACAUGGUCGCAGUCGAAGCCGUCAUCUUCGAUCUCUUCGCCGCCGGCAGCGAGACAUCGGCAACAACGUUGGAAUGGGCCAUGGCAGAGCUGGUCAAGAACCCAAGAGUGAUGAAGAAGGUGACGGCCGAGGUGCGCCGAGCCUUCAAGGCCUGCCACUCUGAUUCCAUGGGUAGCUAA